UAUGGACAUACGAGCCACGCCCACAUCUCAGUGUUUUGCAGCUUCACUUCCUACUCCUGCGCGUUUCAUUACUGUGCACAUGUGCACCAUGUCAAUGUUACAAGUGUAGGGUGUCCUACUAAACUUUACAAAUCUACCCCUGAGUGGGAGAGCAGAACGGAUCCCGAUUGCGACUUGAUUGUGUGAGCUGUCGUUUGAAAAAAUCGGAUUAUUAAUUCUAAGGCAAAUAAAACGCGUAAAGAUGAUAAGUAAGAGUGCUGUGAGGGCGCUUUUGGGCUCUGUACGUGGGAUUUCAUCUUCGAACCUUCGACUGAAUUCUCCACAAAGUUCUGUCAUUAUCUCACACGGUGAGAUUAUAGAGAGAGAAAGGAUUAAACCCAGGAAGCUGCAGAAAGAUGAACUGCGGCCACUUUAUAUGGACUUCCAGGCCACAACACCAAUGGACCCAAGAGUCCUGGAUGCCAUGCUGCCUUACCAAGUGAACUACUACGGCAAUCCACACUCCAGGACUCACGCUUAUGGCUGGGAAAGUGAGGGUGCGGUGGAAAAAGCACGAAAACAAGUAGCAGAUCUCAUUGGUGCUGAUCCACGAGAGAUUGUGUUUACCAGUGGUGCCACGGAGUCCAACAACAUGUCUAUCAAAGGUGUGGCCCGUUUUUAUAAAGCCAAGAAGAAACACAUCAUAACCACACAGACAGAACACAAGUGUGUGCUAGACUCCUGUCGUGUCCUUGAAGCUGAGGGGUUUAAAGUAACAUACCUGCCUGUAAAAAACAAUGGCUUGAUUGACCUCCAGCAAUUGGAGGAAACAAUACAUUCAGAUACAAGCUUGGUAUCUGUGAUGACUGUAAACAAUGAGAUUGGAGUUAAACAACCAAUAAAUGAAAUAGGUCAAAUCUGUAGGUCCAAGAAUGUGUUCUUUCACACUGAUGCAGCUCAGGCGGUUGGAAAAAUCCCCAUUAACAUCUCUACUUUGAAAGUGGAUUUAAUGUCUAUUAGUGGACACAAAAUCUAUGGCCCCAAAGGUGUUGGUGCUCUCUAUGUGAAGAGGAGGCCAAGGGUUCGCAUCGAGCCAUUGCAGAGUGGUGGGGGUCAGGAGAGAGGCCUGCGCUCAGGCACUGUACCUGCUCCACUGGUUGUGGGUCUUGGUGCUGCCUGUGAGAUUGCUCAGCAAGAAAUAGAGUAUGACCAUGCCCGGGUCUCCCUGCUUGCUGAACGUCUUGUGCAGAAGAUAAUGUCGGAGAUACCUGAUGUUGUGAUGAAUGGAGAUCCUGAACAGAGAUAUCCAGGAUGCAUUAAUUUGUCAUUUGCCUAUGUUGAGGGAGAAAGUCUGCUAAUGGCCUUAAAGGACGUUGCACUUUCUUCUGGGAGUGCAUGCACUUCCGCUUCUUUAGAACCUUCCUACGUACUGAGAGCAAUAGGAACAGAUGAGGACCUUGCCCAUUCGUCAAUCCGGUUUGGAAUUGGACGCUUUACUACAGAGGAGGAAGUGGACUACACUGCAAGUAGGUGCAUUCAGCAGGUUCAGCGACUACGGGAGAUGAGUCCUCUGUGGGAGAUGGUGCAGGAGGGCAUUGAUCUGAAAAGUAUCAAAUGGACACAGCACUGAAGAGCGACUCAGGAUUCUGGAAGAUUACUGGAUUGUAAAUAAUACAUUUGUAUAUCUUACCAAGGAAUAUUUUUUUUUCAUGAAAAUUGAGUUCCUCCUUCCAGCAAUGUUUUGAGCAGAGUUUUAUAGAAAAGGCUUCUUAGAAUCAAGUUUCAACAACAAUAGAAUAUAUGCUAAUUUUGUGGCUGAAGUUUUUGGUAUGUAGAUUUUGUUUUCUACAUUCCUGUUUUCAUGUCAUUUACACUGCAUGAAACAAUUUCUAUAUGCAGUUAUUGUCUGUAACUGUUGUUUAUUUGUAUAUAAAGCUAGCACUUGCCGUUUGCCCAUUCUCCUAUUAUAUUCUCUUCCACCUCCUUAUUUUCAUCAUAAAUUCUUCUAAUUAUACAUCAGUACGAGUCAAGUGUGUGCACAUUGAGAUUUUCAGACUGGUUCUAUGGACACAUCCAUUUAUUGGAGAGAUAUGUAUUUAUGAAUCUGUUAUAAAAAAUGUGAAUUAAAACUUAAAAAGGACUGAAAACAGUAACAAUGCCUGGCAGUAUGUCUUUAUAAUGUACAGGACUACAGUUGAGUGAUUAAAGAGGAUUUGAAAUCAA